UGGGACGAAAAUAGGAAGCAGGCCUCAGACUCGGAGGCCCACACCCAAGUCUCAUCGACCCCUCUCCUUUCUUUCUCUCGCUAGUGUUUCUCUGGUCCGGUCUUGUCCUUUUCCUUCAUCCAGCCAACCACAGAGAAUUAGCGAGAAGAGAAUGGUGGAUGCAGAAGCUCCCAAAACUCAGCUAAAAAGAUUGAAACUUUUGUGUGGGUGUGGAUAUGAACCAAUCCCACGUGGAUACCUAAUACCUAUUACCCGCCAUUUAACAUGCAUCCAUCUCAUCUUUUCCCUUCUCCACUCUGUACUGUUAUCCAGAAAAUCUUCUUUCAGCCUAAUCUUUAUUUGUACGCACCCUGUAAUUACAUUCCAUGCCAAUUGAAAUUCCUAUUUUUGAUGGGUACCCAUGAAAGGCCAUUUUAGUGAGAUGAGAUUCCUUUAUUGUAAGGCUGAGAAUUGGAGCCCCCCUGUUUUGUCCUCUUCUUUGAAUGUGAUUACCUUUGCAGUUGGGAGGGGAGGUGCUCUUCAGCUGCAACCAUAAUUGAGUGGUUUGAAUAAGGGAGAGAAGGCGAGGGAGGGGAAGCCAGAUGUGUACAAAGAAGUCCUGCGAGAUGGAUGUUUCACUGCAACUACAAACCCACUUGGCCGAGUAAUUGCAGUUAAGGUGUUUGAUGUUUUGACUGGCUCAGGGGAGCAGCAUUUGCUUUCUACUGCCAUUAUUAUUAGGGAAAAGCCCAGAUGGCGAUAUGAUUCUUUCUGUUAAGUAGUUGUUCUCUCUCUCUCUCGCUGCCAUGGUGGAGCUUGAUGAUCACCAGAAGGAAGCUGCACCACCAACUACAACAACUGUUUCUUUCAAUAUAGCAUGUCAAAAAGGAAGGAGCUUCUUUCUGCUGCCAUGAAGAGAACUAGUGACUGGAUUUUCUCCCAUGAAAUUUCCAGCGAUGUUACAGUUCAUGCUGGUGGAGCUUCUUUCUCAUUGCAUAAGUUUCCCUUGUUGUCAAAGUCAGGCUACAUAAGAAAGCUAGUGUCCGAAAGUAGUGAUGCUGAUCUAUCCGAGAUUCAAAUCCCCGAGAUCCCCGGUGGGCCAGAAGCAUUUGAACUCGCAGCAAAGUUCUGCUACGGAAUCAACUUCGAGAUAAGCACAGAAAACAUUGCAGUCCUUCGAUGCGUGGCAGAGUAUCUGGAAAUGACUGAGGACUGCUCAGUUGGAAACUUGGUGUCGAGAGCAGAAGCCUACCUAAACGAGGUGGUGCUCAAGAGCCUCACUGGUGCAGUUUCUGUCUUGCACCAUUCGGAAAGCCUCGGCCAUAUUGCAGAGAAAGUGAAGCUGGUGAGCCGAUGCAUAGAUGCCAUAGCACUCAUUACCUGCAAUGAAACCAAAUUCUCUAUCUCAGGCAGGUCUGACGGUGGUACUACAUUGGAGGCCCAACCAAAGCCUAUAGUUCAUUGGUGGGCUGAAGAUUUAACUGUUCUCAGGAUUGAUCUAUUUCAGAGAGUUCUAAUUGCAAUGGUGUCGAGAGGGUUCAAGCAGUAUGCCCUUGGCCCUGUACUCAUGCUCUAUGCUCAGAAGUCCCUCCGAGGUUUGUUGAUGGUGCAGGAGACAUUUGGCAAGCCUAAGAAAAAAAUCGACCCGCAACAAGAGCAUGAAAAAAGGGUUGUUUUAGAAACCAUAGUGAGCCUGCUGCCGAGGGAGAGAAAUGCAAUGUCUGUAAGCUUCCUAUCCAUGCUGCUUCGAGCUGCAAUCUACCUCGAGACAACUGUUGCUUGCAGGCUUGACUUGGAGAAGAGGAUGGCUUCACAGUUAGGCCAAGCUGUGCUAGACGAUCUGUUGAUUCCUGCAUAUUCAUUUACAGGGGACACGCUGUUCGAUGUGGAUACAGUGAAGCGGAUCAUGAUGAACUACACUGAAAGCGAAGCGGAAGCUGCUGGGAAAAUCAGAUUGGGUGGGUACCAUGUUGGUGACGAUGAUUAUGGCUCUCUUCAGCUGAGUGAUAUGGAGAGGGUUGGGAAGCUGAUGGAGAAUUACUUGGCUGAAAUAGCCUCGGACCGGAAUUUGGGCGUUUCGAAGUUCAUUGGUCUUGCUGAACUUGUUCCUGAACAGUCGAGGAUUGUGGAAGACGGGAUAUAUCGAGCCAUUGACAUAUACCUUAAGGCUCAUCCAGGGAUAAGCGACAUGGAGAGGAAGAAAGUGUGCAGCGUAAUGGACUGCCAGAAACUCUCUCGUGAGGCCUGCGCUCACGCCGCACAGAACGACAGGCUCCCAGUCCAAACCGUCGUUCAAGUCCUCUACUACGAGCAACAACGCCUUCGAGACACCAUUGACAACGACAACAACACUCCCAAGGUCCCACUCCACUCCACCGACAUCCAUCCCGUCGUCGUCCCUCCUCAUCAUCAUUACAACGACGAGCUCUCCACAUUGAAGCGAGAGAACCAGGACCUGAAGAUCGAGCUGCUCAAGAUGAAGAUGAAGCUCAAGGAAAUCGAGAAAUCGUCCAGUACUACUAGUAGUGCCAGGCCAGCAGCUGGGAGUACUACUACUCCAAUGGGGAUAAGCAGAUCGUCACCUUCUGCAGACAAGCCUCCUCUGCCUCCUCCUUCUAAGAAGUCGUUCAUCAACUCGGUGUCGAAGAAGCUUGGGAAGAUAAACCCUUUCGUGCGUCUUGAUGGUGUGUCGCCAUCCAAAGGUCGCACCAGGCCGCCUAAAGAUCGACGCCAUUCUGUAUCUUGA